AUGUUGGCCGAUGAUUCAUAUAGCACUACAUCUACCAACGUUGAGUUGGCAUGUAUUCCAGAUGAUACUACUGGCUUGGAGCGCAUAAUGCUUGCGGCACAGGGAGAUUUACAGAGGUUACUGAGCUCAUAUUUUGGCCACCCUAUCUUUAUCGAACUUAUCUACGCGCACUGCUCUUCCCGUCUUACGCCAGCAAGUUUAGAGAACCCCAUCACACAAUCACGACAGGUGCAUCUUGUGUGUUCAUCGUGCACUGUCUGCAUUGCGACAUCUACUGUUACCAUCACCUCUCCCCAAUGCGAACGUCUAUUUCUUGACGAAAAAUUCCCAAUCGGGCAAACUUUUCGACGACUUAAUCGUACUCCGAAAUUCAGUCUCCUCAACGUAGAGACAAAAGCAAUCAAUGGAAAACGUGAACUUCGGAGAACGUAUAAGCUGGAAACCGAGGGCUUCGUUGCAGAAAUCUUGGAAGUAUUUCCGGACAGAGACAUGUUCGUCCGCGGCGAGGCAUGGCUGAUGGAGCGGAGGACUAAUUUAGAUAUCACUUGCACCGUCGCAACAGACACAAAACCCGAGUGGCUGUCCGUACGCAAAGGAAAUGUUGUUCAUUAG